UACAAGUCUUAAGUAAGCUAACCCAUACACCCGUCUUCAUAGAAACCCUAAUUCGCCUCUGUAACAACCCACCUUUGCCCUAGCUAUGGCCGAUCGGAGGGACAGAGACAGAGAUCGAGACAGAGACAGAGAUAGAGACAGAGACAGAGACAGAGACAGAAAACGAGACAGAGACGACCGUGACCGUCCCCGCCACCGCCACCUCGACCAUGACCGCGACCAUGACCGCGACCGUGACCGUGACCGCGACCGCGACAGAGACCGUAAAGACAGGAGUAAAAGGUCACACACACCAGACCAGUCCCGUUCCCACCACACCAGAUCACGAACCCGUUCCCCUGACCACCGCCGGUCACGUUCUCGUUCCACCGACAGACACCGUAGAAAAAGCCACCACCGUACCCCAUCCCCAGACCACUCACGUAAGCGUCGCAGGCACGACGACAACGACAACAAGCGUACUGCAGCUGUGGUUUCAGAUUUUGUGGAUGAGAUUGUGAAGGAGAAGCAGCAGAAGAGUAAGAAGGAUAAGGAGGUGGAAGUGAGUGAAGGUGGUGAGAUGGAUGCUAAUGAAAUUGAGAUGAUGAAGAUGAUGGGGAUUCCGGUUGGGUUCGAUUCGACUAAAGGGAAGCCGGUUGAAGGGAAUGAUGUGAGCGGGAUUAGAGCGGUGACGAAACGACAGCCCAGGCAGUAUAUGAAUCGUCGCGGUGGGUUUAAUCGCCCGUUGCCGGCUGAAGUUAACCGUUGAUUGAGGCGUACUGAUCUUCCAUUGAGAUUUGUUAGUUAAAAGUUUGAUGCUUGAAAACGUGACAAACUCACAUGAUGCAUGAUCCAUUGACAAGGCAAAGGCUUGAAUCUUAAUGUCGAUAAUUCUUGUAAGUUACUUGAUAUGUUUUUUGGGGAUUUCUGUUGGUGUAUCUUAGUUUGUGUAGGAUAAAAUGCUUUGCAACACACUGUCGUCUUCUGCUAUAUGCACGUUCUACAACAUUGUCAUGCAAGUCUUCCCCAAAAUCAGCGUUUGUAUCUUACAUUUGUUGAACAAGUCGGACAAUUAUUCUUAUCAGAUAGCUCGUUUUAUUCAACUUAUUAAUUUCCAGAUUUUGGGCU